UAUAAUCGUUUGGAAGACCUAUCAAGCAAGAAACAUGAUGUAUACAAAGUAGAACGAAGGGCAGUUGUUGGAAAUUAAACGAGUUGUGCGCUCUGCUUUGCUUGGCAGUUGUUAUUCUUGCCACGUACGAAAUUCGUCACAUGAGCACAUGAUACGACUUGGAAGGUUUGUUGUUUUGUUUCGAGCUACCUCAUCGGCCUUUGUGUUCAGUUAUUUUAGAUACAAAUCUACUACUGCAGGAGAUGUGUAAUCUCUUCAGCUAAUGUCAGUUAAUAAACAUCAGGCUCAUGAUUCUGUAAGAGUAUACAAAAUGCCCAUUCUUACCUAUAUUUACCAUCUGGCAAUGCUGAUAACAUGUGGCAGUGCACUUAUUAUCCCUGAAGAGCUUAAAUCGAUUUUGUCAAACAUCUUUAUGAUCAUCCCACCCAUCAAGAAAGGGACAGACUCCCGUGUGGGUGUUGGUUUUCGUCUGGGUGAGCAUGCAGACUUCCAGGUUCUUCUGGAAUUGGGUCCACAGUUAAACACUCAGCCACUUGGUCCUGCUGGAGAUACCAAAACACGGCGACAAGUUCAGCGACCUGGCCUGGUUGUCCUACCAGCAACAGACUCAGAAACAGUUGCUGACACACCAGGAGGAAAAUGGCUGUCUUCGUGGCGAUCAGCACUUGUUAACUCGCAGACCAUGGAAGCCAACAGGUAUAUAGGAGUUGGACAACACCAGGUUAUUCAGAACCCAAUGAAGGGCAAGGACCAUGUUACAUCACAGCUGCAACAGCUUUAUAAAAAUGGCAGCAAAGCAACUGAAAAGUCAAAUAGUGAAGGUCAAACAUCAGAUGGUGGUCCAGCAGGAAGAGGAAAUUUUACUUCAGUAGAAACAUGAAUCACAGUGCCAUUGUCAUUGCAGAAAAGACAGCCAGUCAAUAGAAUCAAAGACAGCUAUGAUAUAUAUUUUGUGUAAUAACUAUGGGCAAUGACUGUGUGAGGGUAACUGAAAGAGGUUCAACAGGAAUGGUCCAGAUUAUCUCAAGGUUUGUAACAAUGUUUUCUUUGUUACAUUAUCAUUAUUUUAGACAUUAUCCAUUGAGGUAUACUUGCUAUAGGUAAUGCUUUUGGAGUUGGCUUUACUCUCGUCUUCAGGUGAUUAGUUGUCACUAUGCUAACAUAUUUUUCUGCUUGAUAUUAAAGGCUAAGAUCAAGAUCAAAAUAAAAACUUCUUAAUAUUAAACUUGUAUGCUGUUCCUUAGUGGCCCAGUGGUUAGCAUGUAAAUUUAAUAUUUGAAAGGUUUGUCUCUUUUAAAAAAAUAAAAAUAGUAAAAACA